CUGGGGAGCGGGGCCGGGUUCACUUCCGGGGCUGUGGAGCUGCUGGGAGCCCUGCGCGUUCGGCGGGACUGAGGGGCUGAGGGCACGGCGGGACCAUGGCUCGGAACGCGGAGAAGGCCAUGACGGCCUUGGCAAGGUUUCGUCAAGCCCAGCUUGAGGAAGGAAAAGUCAAGGAGCGAAGGCCUUUCCUUGCAUCAGAGUGUAAUGAGCUGCCCAAAGCUGAGAAAUGGAGGAGACAGAUCAUUGGGGAGAUUUCCAAGAAAGUGGCACAGAUCCAAAAUGCUGGAUUGGGUGAAUUCAGAAUUCGGGACCUGAAUGAUGAAAUAAACAAACUUCUGAGGGAGAAAGGCCACUGGGAAUACAGAAUAAAGGAGCUGGGAGGUCCAGAUUAUGCUAGGAUUGGCCCAAAAAUGUUAGAUCAUGAAGGGAAAGAAGUUCCAGGAAACAGAGGCUACAAAUACUUUGGGGCUGCAAAGGAUUUACCAGGAGUUAGAGAGCUUUUUGAAAAGGAACCCCUGCCACCCCCACGGAAGACUCGGGCUGAGCUUAUGAAGGACAUUGACGCCGAGUACUAUGGCUACAGGGAUGAAGAUGAUGGGAUUCUGGAGCCCCUGGAGCAGGAACAUGAGAAGAAAGUUAUAGCAGAAGCAGUGGAAAAAUGGAAGAUGGAGAGAGAAGCACGACUUGCAAGAGGCGAGGAGGAGGAGGAAGAAAACAUCUAUGCUGUCCAUGAGGAAGAGUCUGAUGAAGAAGGUGGCAAGGAGAGAGAAGGUGAAGACGGCCAACAGAAAUUUAUUGCACACGUUCCAGUGCCAACUCAAAAGGAGAUUGAGGAAGCUCUUGUACGAAGAAAGAAGAUGGAGCUGCUCCAGAAGUACGCCAGUGAAACCCUCCUGGCACAGAGCGAGGAGGCAAAGACACUGCUAGGAUUGUAGCAGUGCACCAGUGAUCUGGUUUGUGUGUGCUCCCUCUGAAAGCAGCAGCUUCCUAAGUUCUGGUAGCAGUGGGGUUUAGCUCUGGAAGUUGCUUUGGAUGUGGAGCAGACUGCUGCAAUUACAGUGUGCUGUGCAGAAGGAGAGCAUCAUUCUGGUUUCUCCACUAGGAUGACUUGUACUCCAGUGCUGGAAAAGGUCAAACAUUGGUGGACUUGCCUGUACAUCUAACAGCUGUCUUCAGUGCUUUCAGUUUGGGAAGGGGUCUGUGCACUGGGGCCUCUUACAGAUAGAACCACACCCAGUGAGCUCCUAAAUCCUGGAAGAAAACCCAUGGUGUUCCUGCCAUCCUGUCUGCUCUGUCCUGACUGUAAAUGUGCACAGCUUCUCAUGCUGGGUAUUGUUGAGCUGAGGAGUAGUUCACACUAUUACCCUGCUUAGUUUAGGCAGAUCUUAGUAGUGACUUUGGAGAUUUGAUUCUUUCUGAAACACAUGCAGUAUCUAAAACCUGUUACCAUUUUUGUGAUCUGUAACUGUGCCUGGAUGAAUUGCUUAAAUGCUGGAUAUUCCAGCAGCUACUGUAAAAAAUUUUGCGAUACCAUGUUCAAAUAUUUUUGUUAAAACUUAUUUACAACC